AUGGCAAUGUUUGAACCUGAUGAUAAUGUUUCGAUAAAGUUUUCAGAUGAAUCGAAUAUUAAUAGUGAUGAUGAUGUAAUAUCAAAUUCUAUAUCUGAAGUAUCCGAUUCCAACGAAAUAGUAAAAAAAAAACAAAGAAUAACAAUUGACAAUUAUAAAGAAAAAAAAUCAAGAUCUAAAUUAAAACAUAAGAAGAAAACAGGUUCUAAAUAUAUUACUGGGGUAAAUGCAUUUUUAGAUGUUGAGGCAUUAGUUGGAGAAGAUGAAGAUGAAGAAGAAGAUGAUUAUGAUGAUGAUAUUUAUCAUGAUGAAUCAGAACUUGCAUUAAGUACAGCAGAAUUAGAUUCACGCCGUCUUGCAGAUCAGGAUCUUGGUAAUGGUAGAUUAAGAAGACAUUUAGGUGGUGCUGGUCAUUUAGAACAUACUAUUGCACAGCUAGAACGUCGAUAUGAACAAAUGGAAACUGAGACUACAGGUGAUGUAAUACAUGAUAAUUAUGAACAAGUAGAGGAUAUAAUAAAUAUUGAUGAACCAACAAAUAUAUUACCUUCUAUAAAAGAUCCAAAAUUAUGGUUAGUUAAAGUUGAUAAAGUAGGGAUUGAAAGAGAGAUAUGUAUUGCUUUAGUUCAAAAAGCAGCAGAAAGUUAUAUUAAUAAUAAAAAGUUGCCUAUUUUAUCUGCAUAUGCAGCAUCUAAUUUUCGUGGAUGCCUUUAUAUAGAAGCAGAAGCUCCAAGUGAUGUUCGUGAUGCCCUUGAAGGACUUUCUGGAGUUCGUUUAUCAUCAAUAAAAUUAAUUCCUGUAAAAGAGAUGACUCAAGUAUUUUCUGUAGAUAUGCAAGAAAAAGAAUUACUUACACGUGAUAGUUGGGUACGUAUCCGUAGUGGAUUAUAUGCUGGUGAUUUAGCACAAAUUUAUGAAGUAGAUGAGCAUGAAUCAAAUGUAAUUGUAAGAUUAGUACCUAGAUUAGAUAUUCCUGCAUUAAUAAGAAAAUCACAGGGUAUUAUUGACAAAAAUUUUGGUAAUAAAAGGAUUAGACCUCAAGCAAAAUUAUUUGAUAGAGAUAAAGUAGAAAAUCUUGGAGGAAUUGUGGAAUUAACGCAUUUAAGAGGAACAGCAAAAUUUGCAAAUCAAUUAUUUGAAUUAGAUAAAGGAUAUUUAUUAAAAAAGAUGAGAUCAAAUCGUUUGAUUACAGGUACACUUGUUAAUCCAAGUAUUGAAGAAAUUCAAACUUUUUAUGAAGGUAUUGAUAUUUCUGAUAUUCCAAUACAUACUCAAGCAAUUUUAUCAUCAAAAAAAUCAGCAAAUUUUUUUGUUGGAGAUAUUAUUACAAUUCUUCGUGGUGAACUUACAAAUACUAAAGCUAGGAUUACAUCUAUAAAUAAUUUAAAUAAAGGGAUUUUAGAAGUAUUACCUAUUGAUAAAUCACUUGGUAUAACAAAACCUAUUUUAAUUCAACAAGAUUUAGUCUCAAAAUAUUUUGAAAUAGGUGAUUCUGUAUUAAUUAUUGAGGGUACACAUGAAUCUGAAUCAGGAUUAGUUACAGGACUUGAAAUGAAUAAUACUAUUGCAGUUAUAUACCCUUUAAGUGGAACAAUACCAAUUAGAUGUCCCACUAAUUUUCUUAAACGAGUUUCACAAAAUAUUGUUGCUUCAAGUAGUUUAUCAACUAUUGAUGGUUUUUCAUUAGAUGAUUUAGUACAAUUGUCAGAUGGUACUGUAGGUGUUAUUACUUUUGUUGGACGUAAUAGAAAUUUAAAAGUACUUAAUAGUAAUGGUGAGAUAUCUACAAUUAAAUCAUCAGAAAUUUCAUCUAAACGACAUACAUCUUUAGUAACACGUGUAACAGAUCACAAUGGAACUAUAUUUGGAGCAAAAUCAAUGGUUUCAGUAUUAGAUGGCCCUGAUGAAGGGAAAAGUGGUCGUGUAGAACAUAUAUGGAAGUCUAUAUGCUUUGUUAAAAUUCCUAUUAAACUUGAUGAUGGAGGAUAUAUAGUUUGUGAUAGUAGAUCUUUAACUGUUAUUAGGUCAAAUGAUGACAAUUUAAAUAAUUCAAAUACUCAUACAAAACUUACAAAAGUACAAUCAUUUGGUCAUGGUGGAUUUGGAAGAAUACGUGGAAUGGGAUUAAUUUCAAAUUCACGUAAGCAGGGACCUGAUGAUAUGUUUGUUAAUCAAAAAGUACGUAUAUUACGUGGUCGUCAUAAAGCAUUAUUAGGAUCAAUUAGAGGAUUUAAAGGUAAUAAUAUUGAAAUUUUACUUGAUAUUGGGCCACAUACUGUUGUACUUCGUAGAGAAGAUGUUGUAAUGAUUGGUACUCCAAUAAAUAAUGGUUCUAAUAUUGCUCCUUUUAGUGGUAUUACUACAUCUAAAUCAUUUGAAAAUAAAGUAAGUACUCAUAAUUGGUCAGGAGAAAAUAAUUUAUUAGAUAUUAAUAAAGAAUCACUUCAAGAAGUUCCAAUUUUUUGUAAACGUGGAGUUGAAGUUACAGUUAUAUCUCAAGGAGAAUUCUUCAAAUGUAAAGGAGUUGUUUCUGCAGUUCUUUUACCUCCUGAAGUUCCACAAGUUACAUGCCAUGUUGUACUUAUAGUUAAUGGUCAAAUUUCACCGGAUGAUAUUAUUGCUAUUGCUCCUCAAAGUUUAAUUCCAAAUCCUCCUUCUAUAGGUCAGAUUGCGGUUGCAAUAACAAAUGAUAGAGAAAUGUUUGUAGGUAAUGUAGACAAGAUUGAGGGCAAUACUGUCUAUAUGGUUUCUAUAAAUAAUAAAUCAAUUAAUAACUUUCCUAUUCAAUCUGUAUUCCAAUAUCAUAUUCCACCUUCAUAG